AUGGCCCUGAGCAGGAACACAGCAAGCAGGGAGACAGUCUCUAAUUGGCUGAAUUGGACCUCCAGCGAGGGGGAUGCGGAUAACCGGGGCCUCAGCUGGCGCGAACUGGAGCCUUUCCACGUUGACCUCCCCUUCCUGUUGGGAUUUGACUCCUUGUGCAUGCUGAAACCCGAGAACAAGGCGAUCGCCCAGGCGAAAGGCAGAGAUCAGACUUUUUACGGCUGCCAAAUAGCAACCAAACGGAUCAAGAAUUUGUCCUCUUUGGGACGAAGAAAGCCUGUUGCUCCAAAGCUCAAGAUUUGUGGUGCAGAUGGGAGCUUUGCCUGCCCUGAGCAAAGGGAGACAUCAUUGUGGUUUGAAAUCUCCAGUGCCAAGUUGGAGGCAUUUUUGGUGCCCAACAUUGUCUCUGUCAAUGAAGGCUGCCGGGAAGAGGGGUGCGGAGGAGGAGGAGGAGGGAGAGCAGAGCUGCCCGGCCCUCGCGCGGGCGCGUCCCUGCUGCUCCCUCUUGCCCACCGCCGGUGGGAGACGCCGCCGCCGCGAUGCUCGAGCGGAGCCGGCCCGGCCCCGAAGACUUGGGCCGUUGAUCGUCCUCCUCCGGGCCUGGAUUACCGACCGCGGGACUCUCCAGCGUGCGUCCUGGGCGCGUCGGUCGCCCUUCCCUCCAGGUCUCCUUCGACGGCGGGGCGCGAGGCUGCCUGGGGGGGCUUCGCGGAGCUCCGGCUGCCCCGGAGAGCCGAGAUCUCCUGGGUGGGGGUCGGAGCCACCCCCCUACCUCGCAGCCCGGGGGCGCCAGGAAAGAGUCGGCGCUCUGGAGAGUUGCGCGCAGCCUCGCUGGCGGCACCCCGUCGGGCUCGGGGGUCGGCGGCGAUUCUCGCCGGCAACAGCGCCCACCGAGCGGGAGGCAGCGCUGCUGGACCCUCCUGCCCGCUUCGGGAAGAGGCUGCCCUCCCUCCCUGCUCCUGGCUGGAGAAUGACUCUUUGGCGGCGGCGGCUCUGCCUGGGCUGCGGGCCCGGGAUGCUGCUGGGCCUCCUGGUUCUGGACCCUUCCCUCUGGUGAUUGAGACCCCAGCGGAGAUAUAUGAAUACGUGUCCUCUCUGCUGGACUGGUGGCACGCCGAUGGGUACUGCCAGCAGCGUUUCGCUCAGUUGCCCUCGGACAGCCGGGAGGACGAGCUGGUGUCUCUGGGCCAACAUUUGCUCUCCCACCGGCUCCAGAACACCGUCUGGUUAAAUGAUGAGGAAGUGUUUCCGCGGAAGCCAAAACAUAGGCGUGUCCACUCAGCCUCAGUCCUGAUGUUCAGAAACAAAACAGACACCAAGUUUGUGAAGGUCUUGGCUGACUUCCCAGCCAUGGCUGCAGUGAGCGCUUGUGCCCACGUCCAGUGGGACCCCACGGCCACUGAGAUCUCAACAGUCUUCUCCUACGCAGUCCCAGCCUUCAUCAACGAAUUCCAGAUCCGCGGCUUUGUCGAUGAGGACGGCUUCGUCCGAUUUGCCAUCAUCCUCCAUGGGCAUCACUCCGCCUACCUGCCGGUCUUCCGCACUGACCGACACUGGCACCAUUUCUGUGUCACGUGGCAGCAACCCAACGGCACUUGGGCCAUCUACGCCGACGGGAAGCGGAGGGCCACGGCGGCUGGGCUGGCCCCUUCCCAAGCCAUUGACGGCCACGGGACAUUCAUCAUUGGGCAAGACCAGGAUUCCCUGGGCGGCACUUUCAAGGAGAAAGAAUCCUUCAGUGGGAAUCUCACCGGCCUGCAAGUUUGGGGGAAGGUCCUCAGCCAGGAGCAGGUGGAGAAAGUCCGCUCCUGUGUGUCCAUCAGGGAAGGCCUCAUCUUUGGCUGGAAGAGUGACAUCUUAGAAGUGGAAGCUAGUGUCCAACAGACCACAGUGCAGCUCACCUGCCCAGGCCCUGUGGAAGAAUGCCGUGUUUUUAAAGUCGCCCAUGGAAGCCACGCAUACGACCCCUGCUCCCAGCUGUUGCCCUUUGUCUGUCGCUACAGAAAAGAUCUUUACUUCCAGCUGAAGAAAACCCAGGCAGAACCUGUCCCACCAUUUAUCGCUCGUGUGAACGCUCAGGCAAAUGUGACGGUGAUUCCCGAGAACGUCUUCCAGGCAGAUGUCCAAGGUGUGAAUAUUUCGGCGGCGGCGGCUUUCCUGGGCGUCGUGGAGAGGGUCCUGUCCGAGGCGGAACCUCCCCCUCUGGAUGCCUCUUCUCUCCUGGGUGUCUUCCAGCUUUUGAAAGAGGUGUCCGAUGUGGAGGUAGAAGAUCCAGGGCAACUGGCAACACUGGAACAGCUGGGCCAACGUUAUGUGGGGAUUACGGGGAGAAUUCUGGAGGAGAAGAAUGCUGAUGAUUGGUCGAAGAUCAAGCCGAUCAUUGGGGGACCCAUGACAGUGGUGGAAAACAUGGACAAGAUGGCUUCCAGCCUCCAUCAGCUCCUGAGCCCUGACAGGUGGAAAGUCACCUUCCACAGUAAGAACAUUGGGAUUGAGGUGCGUCGCGCAGAGCUGGGCCCAGAGAGAGCUGGCGGCGGGGCCUCCCUGAUGCUGAGCCAUCGUUGGGACCAGCUGGAUGCCAUCGAGGUGCCUGCAGAGGAAGUGGAGCGGCUGAGAGUGAGAGGUCUGCGUCAGAUCACCCUCACAAACACUUGGUACAGCUACGGGGCUCUCCAGCGGCUUCUGGCCAGCAGCAGUGCGGUGUUCAAAGAUGCGGCUGUGUCAGACGGAGGACGGAGGCACCUAAGCACCCAGGUGGGCUCUUCCAUUAUCUCCUUCAGCUUGGUCAGCGACUACAAGGAAGUCAGUACGUCUGUGCGGUACCGCCUCCGGCAUCGGGUUCAGACUCUACCAAACCAGCUUGUGGAACCCGUCUGUGCUUUUUGGAACUUCAGCAGAAGUCCUGAAGGUGCUGGAGGCUGGUCCAGCAGAGGCUGCUCGGUGUCUUCUUCCCAGGAGGAGCUAACCUCUUGUGCCUGUAACCACACCACCAACUUUGCAGUCCUGCUGCAGGUCUAUGAAGUGCAGAGGAGCCUGGAGGAAGAGUCCACGCUGAAGACCCUGACCUUCGUCGGCUGCGGCGUGUCCUUCUGUGCCUUGAUAGUCACCUUUGUGCUCUUCUUAGCUGUGGGGGUUCCCAAAAGCGAGCGGACCACAGUGCAUAAAAACCUGAUCUUUGCCCUGGCUGCUGCAGAGGCCCUGCUGAUGUUCAGCGAAUUGGCCAAGCUCAAUCAGGGCGUUUGCUUUGCUGUCACGGCUUUUCUGCACCUCUUCUUCAUGGCAGCCUUUGCGUGGAUGUUGGUGGAAGGCCUUCUGCUCUGGAGCAAAGUGGUGGCCGUCAAUAUGAGUGAAGAUCGGAGGAUGCGCUUCUACUACGUGACUGGCUGGGGGCUUCCUGUGGUGAUCGUCGGUGUAACCUUGGCUACUUCGUUCAACAAAUAUGUGGCGGAUAAUCACUGUUGGCUGAAUGUGCAGACCGAGGUCAUCUGGGCUUUCGUUGGGCCUGUCCUCUUUGUCCUAACAGUGAACACCUUUGUGCUGUUCCGGGUGGUGAUGGUGACAGUCUCCAGCGCACGGCGGCGAUCACGGAUGCUGACGCCCAACAGCAGCCUAGAGAGGCAGAUUGGAGUCCAGAUCUGGGCCACCACCAAGCCCAUCCUUGUGCUCCUGCCUGUUCUGGGCCUCACCUGGGUGUGCGGUAUCCUAGUCCACCUCAGCAUCACCUGGGCUUACAUCUUCAUCAUGCUGAACUCCCUCCAGGGCCUCUACAUAUUCCUGGUCUAUGCAAUCUAUAAUAGCGAGGUGCGGAAUGCCAUCCAGCGAAUGAGGGAGAAGAAGAAGGCCCUCUCGUUCACGAACUGCUCCCACCCUAUCAAUUAUCUUUCAAGCCCCAGGAACACAUCCUGGGAGAUGGCCAGGUUCAGCCCAACUACUCCAGAAAAUACAACCUGUUCCACCGAGAAGGACAUCACCACCAGGACCAAAGGGAACUUCAGUGCCAAAAUCCCACGGAGCGUUUCAUCAAUUAUGUCACCAGAGAAACCGGCUGUACAACUGACUGCAUUCAAAUCAUCAGGUAAUGCCUCCCAUCGGUUCUUCUGGGCACCGACAGGAUCAGGAGGUGGGCGCCAUUCCAGCAAGCCUGAGCUCGCAGGCAAGCAAGGAUCCCCCACCCCCAGCCAGCUAGGAAUCAAGCCAAGCGGCUCGGAAAACGGGGUGCCGUUGAGCUGA